CUCUAGGGGCGCAGCUGAGCAAAACAAGUCAGCAGCAGCAGCAGCAGACAGCAUAGCAGGCACACGGAGGAAGAAAAGCAGCUGUGUCUCCUGUCCUGUCGUUUCUUUCACCUUUCUACCUGCAAGUAGCCGAUCCGUCUCCAUGGCAAUGCGCCGGGUCGUCGAGGUGUAUUUGGACUUGUUGUCGCAGCCCUGCCGGGCGGUGCACAUUUUGCUCAACUGCAAUAAAAUCCCGCACACAGUCCGUACCGUGGCUCUGAGGAGAGGUGAGCUGCUGUCAACACAACUAACUUACCCAUUAUCGGUUAAGUAACAGAUCAGUGAAUGUCAGUGUUGUGGUCGGGUAGUCGUCAGUCACAAGUUCACAAUGUUUUUGACUUUCUGCAGUUUCACCGUAAAUGACCUCUGGCCCAAAGAACUUUGACCCCGUUCAAGUUCAUGGUUGCUGUUGGUACAGAACCCCAUUGAUCAUAUCUCAAUUUUGAGGUUCUUAUCAUUAAUUUACAAGUGUAUGGCGAUUUAUGAAGGAAAAUAUAUUAAGUCUGGACUAAAGUUGUCUUCAGAUAAAUUCGGCAUAAACACUUGUGUAGCAAGUCGUGACAAAUUUCUUGUUUACAGAAAUGUGUAAUACGUUGUCGUUUGCCCGCUCUGGCGCGGUACAUACUGGCCACGUCGAUUUCUGAAAGGACUUUGGUUGAAGUUUUUUUCCCCACAUUUCCGUGUUCAGGAGAACAGAGGACUCCAGACUUCACCAAGUUGAACCCCAUGCAAAAAGUUCCUGUCAUGGAUGACAACGGCUUUGUCCUCACUGAGAGGUACUUGCAUUAAACUUAAAAACUAAAAGUUUUUAAAGACCAGGAUACACUCACAUCAAACGACAGUUUUUGUCGUUUCUUUUCAAAAUAGUGAAACUCAAAUCGAUUUAGAAACUGAUUUUCAAACCUGAUAGACAAUUACCUUGGGUUGGUUCUGUCCUACCACUGACAGGUCUGUUUUUUUGUGUGUUUUCCCGUACUAAAGUGAUGCCAUCCUAAAGUACCUGGCCAAUAAUUAUGAUAUCCCUGAACACUGGUAUCCACGGCAUCCAGAAAGACGAGCCAAAGUUGAUGAAUACACAGCCUGGCAUCACACCAACACACGACCACAUGCUGCCAAAGUCUUUAUAUUGGAGGUGCAGACACACUCAUACAUAGAUAUAUUUCAUAUAUGUGUGUGUUUCCACUUCUUAAAAAAUGCUAAAAUCUAACUGUGCAGAUCUACAACUAACACUAGUCUCCACCUGUCUGUCUAAGGUGCUCAUCCCAACUCAGACCGGCUCUCAGGUAGAUGAGGCACGUCUGAAUCGUGCCCUGUCUCAGCUAAAUGACACUCUGGACAAACUGGAGUCCAUGUUUUUGCGCCGGCAGCCGUUCCUCUGCGGAGAUGACAUCACUCUGGCUGACCUGCUCGCUAUCUGUGAGCUCAUGCAGGUGAGAGGCCCCGGAGUGUAAGAAGCCUCAUAUGUUAACAGAGCUGGCAAUCAUAGUUUUUUACCUUAAAAGAAUUGGAUUAGUGCUGUUAUAAUAUCAGACUUUGACCCAUGAUUAUCAUAUUUUCUAUCAUAAAAUUGAGCUUAUUAUGUCUCCCUACAGCCCAUUGGAGGGGGCAGGGACAUCCUGGAGCAGCGUCCACAGCUGCAGCACUGGAGGAGCAGAAUUCAGUCUGCUUUGGGGGAGUCCUUUGACCAAGCACAUGCUGUCCUGUACUCCGUUAGAGACCGCCGCAAAGCCAAGUUGUGACUUCAUCACAGAGGAACGGCUCACAGGAGUGAUGCCAUAGAAAAACACAGGGCCUAAAUCAAGGAGGAGCUGAUGUUCUCAGCAUAAUAGACAAUGUGAUGAGGUCUGAAACACUAAAAGAGAGGUGUGAUGUUCAGGUGUGUUUUCCCCCUCCACCUGGGUUUGAUUUAGUUAGUAAUCUUGAGGCCUAAAAUCUAAAGGCCAAUCUUAAGGCCUAAAGGACUCAGUUUCUAAGUGACCAUGACAUGUGCAGAAAUGCUUAAACUCUCUGACUGAGGUGUUUUUCGAAAAGUGAUUGACUCAUUUGAGUGUCGAAGCUUUUGUGAUUCAGUCGUUAAAAUGUGCAUCAAUGAAGCUGAAUAAUGUUUGUGUUUUCAAGAGAUAAUGAAAUUUAUGGAGCAGUUUCAUGUGAUUUUGCUUUUGAAUUUAAAGGAGUUAAAGUAGAGUAAUGUCAGCACCUUAACUAAGAAGAAACCGACUGAAAGGAAAUGAGGAAAAAAAGCCGUAACACACUAUAAAGGCUCAAAUAGGAUAAAUAAUCACAGUUCAGUGAAUGGUUCUCUAUUCAUGAUCCACAUUUUAAUGAGAGUUUGAAGCUGUGAGAGAGAGCCUGUAUCACUAAAACUAAAACUGCUUCUCCAGGUUUAGUCUAAACUAAAAACAGUAAGCAGACCUGGUUAAAGACUUUGUCAGAGUUCUGGAUCAGUAUUUACGGGAACACAGUAUCUUCUAAAAAACCGAAGGAUGUUUAAGAUUCAGAUCUGAUUGAUUUGGUCUUUUUUGGUCUUAUUGAGGACUAAACUGGUCUCAUUUUUCUCUCGAUGUUGUAACAUGUUUAAAUGUUAAUAAAAUAUCCGCAGCUCCCAAAUCUGCCUCUCAUUAUGCCUUUAAAUCAUUUUUGCAAUAAAGCCUGUAGGGUUUUAAUUUCACAUAA